GCUUAUUCCUACCGUCAACGAGGGCGAUUGGAAAUCUCGAAUUCUUCUUCUCCCCAUACAAAAUGCCGGCCAUUAGACACUCCUCAAAACGAAAGCCGCCGCCAGAGGGCUUCAGCGACAUUGAAGAUGACCUCCUGGUCUUUGCGAACAAGAUGAAGGAUGCGCAGAACAAGCCCCCGCCGCCGGGCCCGAAGCACAUGGCGCAGUGGGAGAUCUUCCAGAUUGCGCACCAGCGGAGUCGCUACGUAUACGAUCUCUACUACGAGAAGGAGGCCAUCAGCAAGCAGCUCUACGAGUGGCUGCUGAAGAAUGGGUAUGCCGAUGCGAUGCUCAUCGCGAAGUGGAAGAAGCAGGGCUACGAAAAGCUCUGCUGCUUGCGCUGCGUCCAGACGAAAGAAACAAACUUCAACAGCACGUGUAUCUGCCGAGUGCCGAGAGCUCAGCUGAAAGAAGACGGCGAUAUGCAAUGUGUCAGUUGCGGCUGCAGAGGGUGCGCAUCUAGCGAUUAAAACAGGCGUUAGGGCGUUGGGGUUUAGGAAUGCAACCAAGUUACUCCAGGCACGGACAAGAAAGAGAGAGGAAGAGUAUAACAUUGGCUUCUUGUUGGAAUCGAAG